AUUUAUAGUUAUACAAUGCAAUAAAUAAUACAUGGAGGAACAUACCAAAAAAAAUAAAUUAAAUACAUCGAGCCUGCAAAUUGAGUUACCCUUUUCGUUUAACCUAAGACCCGCCAUUGAAAUUCAAGCACGACGCAGCGUGUUCCAAACUCCGCGACGGCAGCUACAUGCGCCUUGUUGUUCUCGUGAAAUGCAUCUGAGGCAGCCGCGACAGUGUUGCGCGCCGCACUUGACAUCACUGUAGCGGCCAUUCCCCUCCGCACGUCCGCGACGGUGAUGCAAUUGGCCGCAAUUAACUACCUAGGUACAUUGAGAUACUCAUCAUAGAUAGUGGUUGUGGUUUGUUCUAGCCAUUUACUGAUGGAACGUCCGAAUCAUGAUUAUGCAGCUGCGUCUGCUAUGGCGUAUGCUCAGCAGCAGCGACCGGCUGCUAAUAUGCAACAACAGCAGCAGUUUGGAUUUCAUCCUCAACAUCAGCAGUUUCCUUCGGCAAUGCAUGGUCCGCCAUUUAUACCGCCGGGUCCUGGUGCUGGGCAUCCUUCUAUGCAGCAGUUUCCUUUUCAUCAUGCAAUGCAGCAACAGCUGCACCAUCAUGGCCCUCCUCCACCUCAUAUUCUUCUCCAGCAGCAACAGCAUCAAGCACCUCCUGCUUUUCCUUCUCAUUAUCCUCCUCAUGUUGUUCCGUCACCUUUUUUUGAUUCUGCUCCACCGCCGGUUGCUCCACCUUCUGAUCCCGAGCUUCAGAAGCGAAUUGAUAAACUUGUUGAGUAUGCGGUGAAAAAUGGCCCGGAAUUUGAAGCUAUGAUUUGUGAAAAGCAACGAGAUAAUCCUUCUUAUAGCUUUCUCUUUGGUGGGGAGGGUCAUGCUUACUACCGCUUUAAGCUCUGGUUAUCAAGUAGACCCCCUAGUGGUCCAUUCAACCAGCCAUUUCCAUCGUCUUCCAUGUCAAUGAUCCAUCCUCCACCUAAUCCAAUGGCUAGCCCAUCUCUUAGCGGCCCUCCAUUGAAUCCUGCUGGAAUUGGAUCUUCACCUUCAAUGCUAGUCCCGCCUCCCUUCCCACAGUUCUAUGAUCAACAACACCAUCAUCAACAUCCUCAAUCAUUUGGGCUUCAUGGUCGACCUGAGUAUGAUCAGUCAUCCAAGUCUUUCAAAGGGCUCUCUGGGCCACUCCCAUCCGAUGUUGCAAUGGAACUGAGUAGCGUUCUUAACAAUUUGAAUGGUACAAAAGAAUCGAUUAAAGGUGCCAAACUUUGGUUCAUGCAGAGAGCUCCAUUUGCACCAGCUCUAGCGGAGACUCUUAGAGAUAGAGUAUUUGCAUUGGAUGACGUUGAGAGACAGUUGCAUAUAAUAUACCUUGCAAAUGACAUUCUCUUUGACAGUUUAAAUCGGAGGACAAGCAUUCAUGAUCUUGACAAUGAGGCCCUUGCGUUCAAACCUGUUUUAGGCGCCAUGCUUGCAAGAAUUUAUCAUAACCCACAAAGCAAUGAGGAAUAUAGGAAAAGAUUGCAGCAGAUGGUGGAGUUCUGGGCUUCUAAAGAGGUAUUUGAUCCAGAGACUAUAUCUUUACUGAAGGGCGAGAUGAUUGGUGGGCCACAUCCAAAUUCAUUUACUGGAGCAUCAAAGGACUUAUCCUCUGCUUCAGCAGAUUCAGGUGCCGGAAUGCUGCAGACUCCGAACCAUAUUGUGCAGCAGUGGCAGGCUGAUAGAGUGAGCUCUGGUUCAAUUGUCUUUGAUCCAGACCGUCCUGAUAAGCUUCUGGGGCAAUCAAUGGCAGCUCAGCAAUUUCUUUCAAAUUCUGCUCUUCCCAGUGCUUUUCCAGGCUCUAUGAGUAUACCAUCUUCCGCCCAACCUUCUGGAGCACAUUUAUUGCCCCCUACAUCAUCUGGCACUGGCGAACAAUUGCCUCCAUAUCCGCUGUUCCCACCUGGGCUCAUUCCUGGAAUGGUUAGAAAGAUGCAGAUUGGUAGUGGUGUCCCAUAUUCUCCUAUGAGCCCUUUGGAUAUCCCAACUAUGAUACCACCAUCAACCGUACCAGCAACAGAAAUUCUUCAAAGGGUGUCGAAGUUUUUUAAAGAAAUUGGAGAAGUAAAUCCUUCUGAGGGUCCUAUGAAUUCUGAUGUGAAAGAUGAUGAUGAUGAAUACGAUGGGGAAUACGAGAGAGAAUCUCAAGUACGAAAAGGAGGUGCUUGCAUACCUCCACCCCCAAACUUGCAGCAAAUUGAUCCAGAAACAGGGACCUAUGCUGAUGGGAGUGUCGACAGAAAGCCAGGAUCAAGUGGUUCGGGAAGAUUGGGACUUGGGGCCACGGCUGAUCCAAAUGAAGUGAGUCAGUAUGAUGAUGUAUAUACAUCUUACCGGAAGCAGAGAAGCACAAAUUAUCACACAUCAAUGAGUGCUAGAGCAGCUGUGAGAUGAAAGCUAUCAUAAUAAGUUUCGCAUUGUUGGGUCACUUGGGUGUUUAGACUAGGUCACGUUGGCCCUGUCUUUGUUGAUGUUUAUCUGAAACUGAUAUGUUUGUUUGUUAUGAUCCAAUGUUCUUUGUCAUGUUGAUUCAUGAAUGAUUGGACGUAUCUUUGAUGGAAACUGAAGCUCCUGCAAACUUGAAAGCACACUUGGUGAUGGGAUAAAAGAAAAAAGGAAGAAAGAAAUUUUAAAUUCUUCCAAAUUCAACACCA